CAAAAUUUUAUUUACUUUUUAGGGUGCCUCCAGAGAAGACGGACGUGAUUUUCAAGCUGUAGCAUUUUUUGUGAUUGUAAGUUUUGUUGUUUUAAAGCAAAAAAAUUUUCUUUUUAUCAAUUGCAAAUUUCCUGUGCCUGUCGUCUGGCUGAUAUCUAAGUUUUGACAAGCAAAAAUACUCCAAUGUUAAAAAAUUACGAAAUGAGCUUCAUUAGUUCGUUUUAACGCCAAAAAAUACAUGUUCAUAUUAAUAAAGGAGAAAAGUUUACGUUGAACCAUUGUCGCAUAACGGCGCGUGCACCUUUAAUGUGUUAAUAUAUUUGUUUUAAACGCAAUCACUAUCUCCGCAUAUUCGGAUGUUUGGGAAUAAUUUUAAAUAUUUUAAAACGAUAUUUUGAUAUAAUUUAAACUUACGUAACGUAACGGCUAAGCAUAUUAAACAAGACUGAUAAAAAAAUUUAAGACCGGAAAUUGAAAAUGUCCAGUUACUCUAAUGAUUUUAUCCUUCAAGAAGGACUUUUGCGAAGAAAACCUCGCCAAAUUCUUGGAAUGAACAAUCAAACUCAAGUUGAUUUGCGUUUAGGUGGCGCGAAUGACAAUAUUUCGAGUCAUGUAAAUUGUCCAGGAUCGAUGAAUUCUAACAAUAUGGACCGUUUACGAAUAUCCAAUUUGAUGGCACAAGAUUUCCACUCAUUUUGGCCAUACGGUCAAUUUAUGUCACCAGUAUGCCCGCCCGGAGUGGCGAUGUUCCCUACACCAUACCCUCUACCGCUGUACCAAUCGAACAAUAUUCCUUCAAACUAUGACAAUCCACAAGCCCGGUUUAUGCCUAACACGGGAGCGAACACUAGGAACGUAGAGCCAAAUAAUAUGACCAUACAAAUUGGGGUUCAGUGCAUGAAUCAUAAUAAUCCAGUCAAUAUAAAUGCGUUGAAUGAUUUGACAAUGCCGUUGCCAAAAUCCCCAGGUGAACCUGAAACUGCUAUGAAUAAUCGUAAGCUUCCUAGUACAUUAUUGCAAAGAGAAGGUCGUAUUUCUGAUCUUCAUCCUCCGGUUUCCUCAGUUGAGUUACCGUAUGGAUCCACUACUGUUCCGAAUCCAUAUCAUGAUAAAAGCAAUGGGAUUGAUGCAGUUUUUGCAAAAGAUUUUGAAAAGAAAUUUGGUAACCGAUUCUCCUUCGAUAUGUCCGAUGGACCAGCGAUGAUCGAUAUGAGCUCCUUGUGCCAGGAGAAAUUCUCAGAGCUAACACGAAUGGCCAUGCGUGGUUGCGAGCUGGCAGAACGUCUAGCCUACACACACCGAAACCGUCCCUGCUUCAAGAAAAUCGACAGCCUUUGUGCACGCAUGAAGCAGGACUUAAUCCGGCCCGAUGGGGUUUUACCCAACAUUAAUUCACAAGGCAUAGCUUGGGCUGUCAAAGAUUUCAUAUUCGUUUUCACUCGCAUCAUAAAUGCUUGGAUUAUAAUAAAAGGAUAUGUGUACAACACUCCGGAGGGACUAACUAAAGUGAAAUCAGCUCUGAGCCCAGAUUUUACAAAGAGCUUCGCGGCCUGGCAAGAUGCAACCAUGGAUUUUGUGGAGAAUAUAAUUAAAUCAUUCUUGAGUUUGGACCACCUGGUACAGAGUCAGAAGGCUGCUUUCCAGAAGAUGGACAGCACCAUGAAGGCAUCUAGUACGCCCUUGAAGAAACCUCCCAAUGUGAAUAGUGACCUGAAUGGAACCAAUCAGAAGCUGAACUUCAAGAUGUUUGAUGAUUCCUAUGACUUUUUGAAUGAUAAUGUGUCGACUGACAGUAAUCCUAAGCAAACGUCGAUUUUGAAUGAGUCUAGUAACAAUGCUUUGAACAAGAGCUACUUCUCCACGUUGGUCGAAGAUUCUGAAGAGACUCAGAGGAAGGCCACGGCCAACGGUACGUACUUUAAAACUGGGGUGUACAACCCAUUGCAGAAGGAAUCCAAUAGCGGUCUCGAUUCAUCUACGUCAAGCAAAAAGGAUAUCGUAGUUGACUCGCCUAUUGACCCUUGUAUCGGGAAAACCUUUAAUAAUAGUGGCGCAGAUGAGGUAAAUCUCCUGUGGCCCAAUACUACGCCGAUUUUAGAUACUUGUAAUCAGAGUGUAACAUCCUCGCCCAUCAAUGGUGAAGGUGAUGGAAAGCAGCAGUCUAUUCCACAACAAUCGAUCUCGAACCCACCUUGUGGUGGUGGGAAUGGUUUGCCGCCGGUACCUAUAGGCGUACCACCAAACCAUAAUUCGCUUAACAUGAAGCCUGGGAAUGAUUGGCUCCCAUUCGAAUUUCGCGUACUUGAGAAGAAUUUAACGAAUUUCUCGUCGGCUUUCGACCCAACUAUCACAAAACCAAUUGGUUCAGACCUCACGGAGAAACUAGAGGUUCUUUUGCAACGUAUCAGCAAUUUAUCUGAAGGAAAAUACUUUUUUACCGCUCAUUUUACAAGAAACUAUUUUCCAGAUUUUACCGCCAAAUAUCCGAAUUUUAUGGAUCUUCGUUCGAUCAUCCUGAAAGCACAAGUUGGAGGGUAUUCGCAUAUAUUCGAAAUCGUACACGAUCUUAAACUGAUUAUAUAUCAUGCGAAAAUAUAUCUGAAGAUAAACCCCAAUGACCUACUCAAAAACUCAAUUGCUGAAUACGAAAAAGAAAUCGAUAACAUUCUAACUGAGAAACUUUUCAAGAAUUGGCAAUUUGAUCACAUCUCAGGAGACCCGAACGAAAGUAUAUUUCCCACAACGAUAUAGCCCUUAACAACUUAAGUGAAAAAAAGACUUUACCCGUUAAAACAUAAAUGCAUCCGACAUUCUAUGCUAUAUUGAAAAUCUAUAAAAAAACGAAAAAGUGAACCACCUGAAAAAAGUUACACCCCAAACAACACCCUCCUAUCCCUAAUUUUUUUCUGAACCUAUUAAAAUAAUUUUUCCUGCGUCCCUUAUAUUUUCAAUUAAGUUAAUGUACAAAAAAAAUCUAAGAAAAAAUACCGAAAAGUUUUUUCAAGGCAUCACUAACAACCCCUACAACACGGCAUACAGCAAGCAAUCAUGAUCUCGUCUUCUAUUUAAUAUUAAAUGUAAUUUAUCCGUCGUCAUUUACAGAUGUUGAUAUUUUUUGUGCGGUAAAAUUAAAAAUGGUUGAUAAUGUAAAAUUUCCAGGAGUGUUACCCGUUAUAAGAUGUGUGUGUGUGGAGUUAUACAAUUGUAAUUACUAUGUAAUUUUUAAACAAAACAUUGCUCAAAUAUCGUUCCACCUUUUUUUUAAAUUUGCUGGGAUAAAAUUUAAGCUUACAAAUGGCUAUUGGAACUACAUGAGAAAAGUUCAUUUAUUGUGCAAAAAAAAAUGUUUCGAAUUGAUUAACCCUAAAUUAGUACGGAAGUAAUAACGAGCUGUAAUUCAUAGUUUUUAUUCUGCCGUUAAACUUAACCGCGAUUUCUCGCCUGAUUUUUUUGAAUCUUAUCAUAAUUUCAAACAAAAAAAAAGUAAGCAAUAUUCAAAAUAAUCCAUAAGGUAUAGUAACAGUUGAUUAAAUUUCUUUACAUUUAAAGACCGGGUAAUUUUAAAAUUUUGUAAUAUACGUCGGCUUACGAAUAAGAUAUUGUUGGUUAUUUUUCAAUAAAUUUUGUAUAAGUUAAUGGAA